AUGCCACCACUAAGCGCAGUCUUGGGGCUUACCAUGUUGGGCUUGGUAGCAACCAACUGGGCGCCACACGGUCACGCCACAAGCUUCAGUGUGCUGACCAAGCACGAGGAACCCCACAAAAGCCAUGGAGGUUGGCAUGACGCCUUGACCAGCGGCUACGGUGUCUACGGAGGCUAUGGGGAUGGGUACGGACAUGGCAUAAAGCAUGAGCCAUAUCACCAUCCCAAAUACCACUUCGACUACGGCGUCAAGGAUCUGCACACAGGCGAUCAGAAGAGCCAAUGGGAAUCUCGUGAUGGUGACAAGGUCAAGGGCAGCUAUUCGCUCAAGGAAUCUGAUGGGACUACGCGGGUGGUAGAGUACACUGCUGAUGAUCACAAUGGAUUCAAUGCCGUAGUCAAGAAGUUGGGUCAUGCCAAGCACCCGCUCGUGUAUAAGAAAGACUAUGGAUAUGAAAAUAUCUACGGCGCAGGAUACGGCUACCGUCAAGAUGUGGCAGACUACGGCUACCGUCAAGAUGUGGCAGACUACGGACACGGAUACGGACAUGGACAUGGACAUGCGAGCAGCUAUGUGAGCAUCAAGCAGUCGCACUAA